UCCUCGUGUACCGGAAGUUGCGCAAUUGUUCAAACUGAUCCGCGCGCAGUAAAUAUUCGCCGUAUAACACUGUAUAACUAUAAAACAGGUUUCAAACCCAACUAGAAUUUAUAUUCCAUAAUAUUAAACGCGAAAUGGAUAAUCCUGGCUACAGUCAGUACGCCAUACCAACUUCCGAUGUGGUUCAAUGUGUUGAAUUUUCACCGUUUCCAUGGUCAGCCAAACUUUUAGCGGUAGCGACAGGGAACAGAGUUACGGCUUUCUCAUGUAUAUUUCAGGAAGAAGAUGAAGCAGUUGAUGGGUUUGAAUACACCCAUAUUCGCGAGUUCAAGCUAGAUUGUAAAUCAUCAGCGUUGGCAUGGAGUCCAGAAACAUCACUCAGUACAAUACCAAAACUUAUGAGUUUUAUUGCUGCCGGAGAAGAUUAUAAACUAAGAUUAGUACAAUCAGAUUUAAAAGAAGAUGACACAGUCUUAGCUUUUGAAGGACACACAUCUUAUGUAAAUUCUGUAACAUUUGACCCUAAUCAAGGAGAACAGGUAGCUAGUACUGGAGAUGAUCUAACUUGUCGUAUUUGGAAUAAAGACGGAGAUGUCAUAUCGGUGUUUCAGCUGACGUCACCUGGUAUGUCAGUUUGCUGGCACAACGAAGAAGAAUUAAAAAUUUUAGUUGCACAGAAAAAUGGCAUUAUCAGAAUAUUUAGUUUAGUCAAUCAACAAACAAUCAUGAGUUUAAAUUGUGGUCAAUCGCCUAUUAUGGCAGCUGAUUGGUCAAGACAUAACUGUUUAUUAGUAGGUGCUAUUGCAGGCACUGAUUGGAUGAUGUUUGAUACAUCUUUAUCUAGUCAGCCAAUAGAAAAACGUCAAGCGCAUACAGAUGGUGGUAAAUAUUUCAAGUGGUCAAGAUGUCAUGAAAGUUUAUUAGCUACAAUUGGUCGACCAGGACGACAAAUAAAAGUAUUUAAUAAGAGACAUCAACAGUUGCAUAUAAAUACUAGUUUGCCUGUAGCCUAUGGUUUAACUUGGCACUUACAUUUACCAGUUAUGGCAGUAGGGGGUGAUAAACGGGUACAUAUUUGGGUAGUCGAAUCAACCUGAGAAAUAUCGAAAAACUAGACAGUUGGGAUAAAAGUGAAACCCGAAGGACUUCAAAAUUUCAGAAAAAGAAUAAAGUCCAUGUUGAUGAGAGAUGUGUAAUAAAGUGCAGAAAUACAUUGUCAAUUAUUUUCCUACCCAAGUAACAUUCGAAUGAUAACAAUGCUAUUUGCUGAAUACAUUGACAAUAAGUUAAAAAUAAAGGUUAAAGGACAAUAAACUAAUUCAACAUGGGUUUUAUUGAAAUGGCAUAAGAGUUUGACAGAUUUUCUUGAUUAAAACAUAUUGAGCAAUUAAA